CACAGAGCGCAGAGGCAGGAGGCGGACCGACGGGCGUGAACGAAAUAGUAACUGUGAAGCAGUGAGGCAGCAGUGUGCAGGACAACGCAGACAGAGGAGCUUAUCCAAAGGACGUUUCCAGCAGAAUCCCUCUGCUUUUUACCCACUUUUUUUUGCCAAACUGGAGCAAGUGUUGCAUAUUUACCUCCCUCUCGACCCUCUUGUUCACGGUCGUCUCUCCCCACGUCGCGUCCACCGCCACAGCUUCCUUGGAGAUGUCCAAAAAACGACCCGCCGAGCCGGAGUCCCGGGUGAAACAGCAAGCUGCUCUGGGCUGCACCAUGCCUCUCCGCCCUUGUUUCUCUCCGGAUUCGGUAGAAUGAAGACGGCUUGAAAAAAAAAAAGAAGAAGAAGAAGAAGAAAAGUCAGAGCUGUCCCAAGCAAAGCAAAGAUGUCGGUGCCUUUGCUGAAGAUCGGCGUCGUGCUCAGCACCAUGGCGAUGAUAACCAACUGGAUGUCGCAGACCCUCCCCUCUCUGGUGGGGCUAAAUACUACCAAGCUGACGGCGGCGCAAGGAGGGUACCCAGACCGGAGCACAGGAGUGUUGCCAGCCAUCCCUGAGGAGUCAUGGCAGGUGUACAGUUCGGCCCAAGAUAGCGAGGGAAGGUGUGUCUGCACGGUGGUGGCGCCCCAGCAGUCCAUGUGCUCACGGGAUGCCCGCACCAAACAACUGAGGCAGCUGUUAGAGAAGGUCCAGAACAUGACCCAGUCCAUCCAGGUCCUUGACCAGCGAACCCAGAGGGAUUUGCAAUACGUGGAGAAGAUGGAGGUGCAGCUCCGUGGUCUGGAGACCAAGUUCAGGCAGGUGGAGGAGAACCAUAAGCAGAACAUCGCCAAGCAAUACAAGGCCAUAAAAACGAAAAUGGACGAGAUUAGACCGUUGAUACCAGUGUUGGAGGAGUACAAAGCCGAUGCCAAAUUGGUAUUGCAGUUUAAGGAGGAGGUCCAGGAGCUGACGUCAGUUCUAAACGAACUUCAGGAGGAGAUGGGGGCCUAUGACUACGAGGAGCUCCACAACAGAGUGUCAAAUCUUGAGGAGAGACUCCGAGCAUGCAUGCAAAAAUUAGCAUGCGGCAAACUGACGGGCAUCAGCGAACCGAUCACCAUCAAGACCUCAGGAUCCAGGUUCGGCUCCUGGAUGACCGACCCCCUGGCGCCUGAAGGGGACACAAGGGUCUGGUACAUGGAUGGCUACCACAACAACCGCUUCGUUCGGGAGUACAGGUCGAUGCAGGACUUCAUGACGUCGGACAACUUCACAUCCCAUCGGCUGCCCCAUCCGUGGUCGGGAACAGGUCAGGUGGUCUACAACGGCUCCAUCUACUUCAACAAAUUCCAGAGCCAUGUCAUCAUCAAGUUCGACUUCCGCACCUCGUCCAUCAGCAAGUCCCGGCAGCUCGACUAUGCCGGCUUCAACAAUGCAUAUCACUAUGCCUGGGGCGGCCACUCUGACAUUGACCUGAUGGUGGACGAAGGGGGCCUGUGGGCUGUCUACGCAACCAACCAGAAUGCCGGAAAUAUUGUGUUAAGCAAGCUGAACCCCAACACACUGCAGAUCGUCAAGAGCUGGACCACAAACCACCCCAAAAGGAGUGCAGGAGAGUCUUUUAUGAUCUGCGGCACGCUCUAUGUCACCAAUGGCUAUUCAGGAGGUACCAAGGUGUACUAUGCCUACUCCACCAACUCCUCCACAUACGAGUACAUUGACAUUGCCUUCCAGAAUAAGUACUCGCAUAUUUCCAUGCUGGACUACAACCCGCGUGACAGAGCCCUCUAUGCUUGGAACAAUGGCCACCAGGUGCUCUACAAUGUCACGCUGUUUCACGUUAUCCGCUCAGAAGAACUGUAACCACGGAAAAUGGGAUUACGUACAUUAAUACAUAUUGUCUGUGUAGAGAUCUCCCUAUAUAUACAAAAAUAUAUCUGCGAAAGAAAAAGACUUUAUCGCAAGACCAUUCUAUUUAUAAUAUCAAGGAACUUUUACCGAAAGACUGAAUCAUCAGAGAAUGCAAACUGGAUUGAAUGUGCAUAUACAUGAGACUGAAAAAAAUAAAAUAAGAAGAGUUUCAUUCCAAAAUGUGAUAUAUUUGUUAUAAGGAAAACAAAGCUUUAUAUGUUAAUAUCACAAGUUCAGAGUUGCUUGGAGAAAAAAAAAAACAGAACUGUUUUUGUAAAUAAAAGGUCUUAACACAACUUCUAACUUUAAUAUUUUCCCAUAGUGGACUUUAUUUUGAUAGAUGCCAUCCUUUUUUGGAAGUGUUUUGAUUUUGGAAUGAAACUCUUCAAUUGUUUACUGCAUAGAAAAUGAUUGUAAAAGUAGAUAAAUAUAUAAGAGUUAAAAGAAUAAGAACAGAUGCCAAAAAAAUAACAUCACGCCUUUUCUUUUUAUAUAACAGAAUAUCAACCUGUGGCUGCGGUGCUUCUGCGGAAAUCCUCCUAACUGAACUUUUUCUUUUAGUCAAGGGGUGGGGGUGGGGGGGUCCUGAAACAAAGACUCUUAAUAAACUGUUGGACCCUUCCCAUUCCCAUGAACAGACAGGAAAAUGGGACGUGAUUCUUGUCAGAAGACUUGUUAGCCUAAUGGGUGAAGCCUGUCAUAUCCUUUUUAUCAAGUACAGUAGCAAAUCAAAAGUCUGUAGAGAAACAGCAUACAAUAACAACAUCCACUAUAAAAGACCUGAAGGCACUGACUGUUGACAGCGCUGUUGUUUGAGAUGAUUUUCCUGUGUUAGUGACUGUGUGUGAAAAAGGCUUUCUUUGCAUGAGUGUUUUCUAUCACUCCGGUCUGCUCUUCUGAAUGUCUUUUGCUGUAUGAUACUAUAAAAAAAAAAAAAAGAGGGAGGGAGGGGGAAUAAGGUAAAAUACCUUUGGGAUUUGAGCAUUUUAAAUGAUGUUUACUUUUUAUCCUGCUUCGUUCUAUUUAGUCCUUGUUUUGUUUAUUUUUAUUCUUUUGCAAUUGUUGAUUUUUCAAAUGUUCUUGUAUCACUGUAACUGUUGGCACCGGUUUCGCCUCUGUGUUUAUUUAUUUGGACUGUGUAGGAGGAAUCUAUCUAGCUCACAUCUCUCUGAAGAAAAAAAAAAAAAACAGAAUGUAUCAAGUAUUGUAUCCCAGGAUCCUGGUCCUGGUAUCUCCAAUUCACAUCAUGCGCCUGUAGUAGGGAGAGUUUUUCUUUGAAAGGAUAAUCCUGUCUCAUGUCAGGAUUCUCCCCCACUGCUAGUGAAGGAUAAUGCUGUUUAAAUGUAUACCCUUGCCGAGGACAAAAGCUUUUCACUCUUUUUGCGCUUUGCUGGACAUGUGUUGUAUCUGAGAUGAGAUAGUUAAUGAUUCGUGUCAAUAAAACAGAGAAAUCUGA